AUGUUGAACCACAACUGGUAUGGAGUGCCUCCCCAUCUUCAACAACUGACCUUAGCCACUGCCUCCACUGGCGUUUCUUCGCCCCCAUCGACUGGCCCAAUGCAACCCGUUGGCGUUUGGUCGUUGCCUGGCCAACAGGCUACUAGCAAUACAGGCUCUGCUGAUAGCUCUGCUUCUCAUACCGGCCAAGUAUUUUCUAGCGAACUUAAUAACCUUGAUGCUCAAACGAGGAAACUUUUCGUUUCUUCUGGAUUUAGCCCAUUUCUUGACGUAUGUCAUAUACAUUAUUUCAAGAAUUUACUCCAACAGUAUUCUCAUAUUUUUUUUAAAUAUACAAGCCUUUCUUAA